AUGAUGAAAGGUGAAAGAAUGGCGAAGAGAUCAUCAGCAUUUGGAAGCAUAGUAAAGAGCAGGCUCUCUGACAUUACCAAUCCUCAGUCGCAACACACUUUGGUUGGCCUCGACGAAAAGCAGCCUCCCAUUCCAAACUCCACAGAGGAUUUGAUUAAUCAGCUUCUUAAGGAAAAAGCGACGCUAAUUCUGUUUGUUGUGGAGAGAGAUAAAAUCAUAGCACUAAGUGAUAAUCAACUGAGGAAUCUGAGAAUGCGUUAUCAGAAACUACAGCUGCAGAAUUGGAAUCUUGCUCAAGCAAACAGUCAGAUGUUGGCAGAGCUUAAUUUAGGAAGAGAAAAGCUGAAGUCACUGCAACAUGAACUUGUAUGCAAGGUUGCCUUGCUUAAAGCAAAGAAUUUAGAGCAAGAGUGUUGUUGUGCAGGGAAAAGCAGAAAUUAUAAAUCAGAAGACUGGCUCCCAGGAAGCAGAAGUAAUAACAAUACAGAGCCUGGCAAUCGUGUCAGAAGGCGACCAGCAAGAAGUCAAUCUAUGGGCCCUUCUACUACUUCCAGACAGGGCAUGGAAAAAGAGAAGCUUGAAAGCAAAAGGCGUUGUUUGAGAAGGCAAUCUGCGAGGUUCAAAUCCCAGGAACAAGAGCUUUCCAUGGAGAACUUGUUUGAGAUUGAAGAGGCAAAAUUCCCAAUCACUCAUCCACUAGAUAAUCCAAUGCAGGAAAAGGGUCUAAAAGCUCAGUGUCCUUCAUCUGUUAUGAAGGAAGAAAAUUUUGACCCAGAAAAUGAAGCACAAGUGGCAGAAAGAUCUUCACUGGACAGACCGGUUCGCCGAGCAGUUGAGAAGGUGCAAUCCUACAAAGAAGUUCCACUUAAUACCAAAAUGCGCAGGACAGAAUGAGCAGGAUUUUUCCAGACAACCAUUGAGUAGAACAAAAAGAGUAGAUUGUCACAUUUGUCAUUGUAAAGCUAUAACUAGUGUUUGUGUUCUCUCCUCCAUUUUUAACAAACUGGUCAGUGCUGUUGUUAACUGUAAGUGGAGGAGAUAAUUGGCAAUUUAGUAUACAUGGUUUUUGGAUUUUUUUUUAA